AUGGGUGCUAAAUGCUCGUGUUUGAGCUAUUUUAAAAAGCAAGAACCUGGAGAAGUUUAUGUGCCCGCAGGUAAAGCUAAAUUAGAAACUUCUAAGGCUCUAAUUAUUCAAUCUCAAAAUAUAUAUAAUGAAGCAGAACCUAUUAUGAUUGCAAACAUUAUAAAAUAUCCAGAUUCAUCUAUAGUAAUUCCAAUCCAAAGUGCUUUAAGAGGUUACUUACUCCUCCCUCCGUGAGCGAACAAUAAAAAUUUUGUUCGCUUAUGGAGGGGGUUAAUUUUUUUUAAAAAAGUCUCAAUUGACAAAAAUUGGAAAAAAAUAUUUAUUUAGUUUGUAAAUUUAUGUUUUUAAAAUGCAAUUUGCUGAAAAUUAAUCAGAAUUAGCUCGAGAUUUCAUUAUACUAUAUAUCAAAUUUUUUUGCAUAAAAAGUUUUUAUACCAAAAAAAUUUUGUUCUCUCUUGGAGGGUGGGUAUUUUGGCCAAAAAAUAGGGAUUUUUCCAAUGGCUUUGUUCGCUUACGGAGGGGGUAGUUAGUAAGAAAAAAUCUCCAUCAGGAAUAUUCAGAAUAUCAACAAGAGCUUCAAUACACAUUAGAAACAUCGACAGAAACCCAUCAUGUUUCUGAUCUAAUCUACACACAUACAGCUCAAGAAUCAAACACCUUAGGCCAAGAAUCUGUAGAAAAAAGACUUAUACGCAAACCGGAAACAUCUCUGCCUGAUGGAUCCACUUACGAAGGUGAAUGAGAUAAUAAUAAUUUAUAUGGAGAAGGCAUCAAAAUUGAGCCUGAUGGCACAAAAUAUGUCGGCUCGUUUAAAAACAACUUAAGAGAUGGUUAUGGAAGUCUUCAAUUUGCAAAUGGAGAUACCUAUACAGGAGAUUUCAAAUCAGGAAAAGCAGAAGGAAAAGGCGUUUAUUUAAAACGCACAUUAGCAUUAGCAUUAACUAUAUUAUUAAGGGGCCCGUCGUAAUACCUAAAGUUUCCCCUGGUCUGAUGCUUCACCCGGCUGCUCACCGCCAAUCGAUCACGACCUUCAAGGUGUUGCUCCUACUGGACGAGGAUGUGCAUUCGCUACCCGUAGUUGGAUGAGUUACGCCACCCAGCAGUACGUCAACAGAGGUUCCCAUUCCAAAAAUUUGAAAAAUAAAUUUUCUGGCAGGACUGUCGGCCAAAAUGAAAAUCCAAAGCCUGGACGUAACGCCCAGCUUCACGCUAGGGAGCUUCCCGAUGGACCAAAUAUGCAUCCUUGGUGCUGCUGAGCUUUCCCUUUCCAGCCUUGGAAAUCCAUUUCCCCUGAGGCAAAAACCCUGGUGUCAGAAUGAGCUGUGGUCGACCUAGUUCGACGUUGCGCUCUACUGUGCCAAGGGGAAAACCUAGCCGGAUACACAUACCGAGCGCCUAUGUCCCUUCCACAAGGUCCCCCGCGAACGCAGGCUACAGGUAUUGAGAAAAAGGGCUGGCUCGCCGUCGCAUUUUAAUGUAUAUUAUUUAAAACGCACAGGAUCCAAAUAUGAAGGAGAAUUUCAAGAUGACAUUAUUCAUGGCUAUGGGAAGGAAAAAAGCUCAGAUGGCUCAGCUUAUGAAGGAAAUUAUUUAUAUGGCUUGAAAAAUGGAAAAGGAAUUUAUUCUUGAUCUGAUGGGAGCUAUUAUAGAGGAGAUUUUAAAGAAAAUUGCAUGGAUGGGCAUGGAGAAUUUCAAUGGUCGUCAGGAAAAAAAUAUCUCGGCGAGUUCAAAAAUGGCAUGAUACAUGGGCAAGGGGUGCUGGAAUGGCCAGAUGGCAGAAAAUAUGUAGGAGAAUUCGAAAAUGACCAAAUGCAUGGGAAUGGAAUUUUAGAGUACCCUGAUGGAAGAGUUCAUGAAGGAAGCUGACGAAAAGGAAAAAAAGAUGGCAGAGGUAUUUACACAUUUUUUAAUAGAAAAACAAGUUCUCUCAUAAAGAAAGAGGGAAUAUGGGAAUCCGGAGCAAGAGUAGAAUGGGUCUAA